UGUCCUCAUCAUUUGUUGGACAAGGAGAUGAUUCUGUGUAUAUAUACGAAGGUGGGGGAUACAUUGUUCCUAGCUUAGCUUAGUUUUCUCGUUUCGUUCUCCGUCGAAAUAGGUCCUCGGAGCUGGUGGCCAGGUCGCUUUGUCCCUGGCUGGUUUUAGCUCAAAAGCUUGUCUGCUUUCUGUCUUUGGCUUUUCUCCCUUUUUCUUCCGAAAUUGAAGCUUUGGUCGGGUGUUGAGAAUGGGAAGGCAGCCUUGCUGUGAGAAAGUGGGGUUGAAGAAAGGGCCGUGGACGGCGGAAGAGGACAAGAAGCUCAUCAACUUCAUCCUCACUCAUGGCCAAUGCUGUUGGAGAGCUGUUCCUAAACUUGCAGGAUUACUGAGGUGUGGGAAGAGUUGCAGGCUCAGGUGGACGAAUUAUCUGAGGCCAGACCUGAAAAGGGGGCUCUUAUCUGAACAGGAAGAGAAACUGGUCAUUGACCUCCAUGCCCAACUUGGCAACAGGUGGUCCAAGAUUGCCUCUCACCUACCCGGAAGAACCGACAAUGAGAUCAAGAACCAUUGGAACACUCACAUCAAGAAAAAGCUCAAGAAGAUGGGCGUCGACCCUGUCACCCACAAGCCAUUGGUCUCAAACCCAUCCGACCCGCCCCAGAGCCUGCAGAAUCAUCACCAGCAGAAGGAAGAGCAAUCUUGCUCAACGAGUUCAGCCGAUGCCGCAAAAACACCAUCGGCUGAUAAUUUCAUCGAUUCGGUCCUAACCGAAGCCAAAGAAGAAGAAGACGGAACAAGCUGCAUGGCAAAUGCAAGCCUGCUCGAGACAAUCGAGGUCAUGGACAUGAACAGUUUCUGCACAGACGAGGUCCCUCUGAUCGACCCCAGCGACAUUUUGGUCGCUUGCCCUCCUUCUUCCUCGAUCUCCUCAUCUUCUUCCUCGUACAACAACGGCGGCGGCGGCGGGGGCGGCGGCAACUUCAUUCAAGAACUGCAGUUUCCUGACUUGGACUGGUCGUACGGUGAAUUUGGCAAUUCUGGCGACGGGGACAACCAACAUAGCAAGCCGUGGGAUGACGACGACUUCAUCAACUGGGAUUUUCUGGUCGGCAGCGUCGACGACAAGACGCUAAUGCUCGAUCCUCAUCCGGUGAAUUCGUGCCAAAGAUCGGCUCUGGAUCAGUCAUCUUGGACCAAUGAGCUAGUGCAGUAAAUGGAAAAUCGAAAUUCGGUUUUCCCCUCUUCUUUUUGGUGUGCAGUUUAUUACAUGCAUUACGGCACAACAGAGAGAAUAAGAAGCAUCAGAUGAUAUAGGAGAAGGGGGGAAAAAAGAGAAAACCCUCCUCUGGUGCUGGCUUUCCAUUUUUUAUUUAUUUAUCUUUUUCUCCGUUAAAUGAGAGAGGCGCAAUGAAAAUUCCUUGUGUUUGAUUCCAUCUUAAUGUAAUUAGUCAGCCAUUGAAAUUACAAAAAAAAUUCUGCUUUUCGUUUCACUUUUCA